AUGGUCCCGACCGCGGGCUCCAAGUUCAGCCUCGUCCUCCUGGUUCUGGCUGUGCUGCCAGACUGCCCCCGGGCCUCACACUGUCCCUUGCUUCACGGAGAUGAUCACUAUGUUUACUAUGAUUUCAACAUUUCUUCUAACAAAAAACCUUGGUGUAUGACUCAAGUCCAGAUGGAUGGAAAGAAUUUUUUUUCUUAUGACUGUGGCAGUAAUGAGGUCAUAUCUAUGAAUCUCCUGAGAGAGGAGGUAGUGACCACAGAAACCUGGAGAGAACAGACUACUAAGCUGAGGGACAUAGGGAACUCGAUCAAAGAGCACCUGCCUGCCAUUAAAGCAGAGAAACACGCAGACAGAGGUUCUUUCACCCUGCAGGUCAGGAUGACGUGUCAGUGCAACACCAGGGGAAACUACAGUGGAUCCUGGGAGUUUGGAUGGAACGGAAAGAGGUUCCUUGUCUUUGACCUGGAGAGUGGACAGUAUACUGUGGGUCAUUCCGGAGGCGAACAGCUGAAAGAGAAGUGGGAGGAAUUCAAGAAGUUGGCCCAGGAACUCAAAAUUACCUUAAAGGGAGACUGCAAGAAAUGGCUUCAAUACUUGGUGCCAUGGAAGAAGGAGCUGGGGACAGCAGGUGCACCAAUCACGGCUCCAACCACAGCCACACCAAGCACAGUCACAGGUGCACCAGCCCAGACCCAAGUGACAAUCAUAACCACCAGCGUCAUCUUUGCCGUUGUGCUUGUCUUGGUUUUAAUUUUCUUCUUACGCCGGUUCCUUCGCAGUAACAGAAGAUGCUGCUCAGAAGCUCCAGAGUGUGGUCUAGUUCAACACCUGCUCCUUCUGGUUGGCUGUCCUUCCGUGUCCAGCUGUUCACCUGCUGAGCUCCAGGAGCUUCAGUCCUUACAGCAAAUGCAGAGACCUCCGGAAGAUCCUGAGGACACGGCAGAUGCUAUACCCAUGUCCUUUAUUGCUUGA